UGUCAACUCAAGUUCUUGAAGUGUUAUUAAUUCUGAAGUUGAAUGACUGUUUGGUUAUUUUCGAAUGGAGAAAAGCAAACGUUGUUAUCCAACCAGGAGUAGCAAGAUAGCAAAGCUGGAAGAAAAUGAAAUCCCUGGAAAAAAGUCCCCCGCUUUGUCCAAGAUUAAGAACGUUGAUUCUCCAGCGGCUGUCAAACAUUUCAUGAUUUCUGGAUAUGCUAGUCCCCCUUGCAGACACGUUACUUUAAGCCAACAAAACGAAAAUGAGAUUAUAUGGGACUUGACAUCACCAGGUGCUAGGAAAUAUCAAGGACUAUUAAGUGAUAAAAAAACCAGCACACCAAAUCAAACUCCUACACGUAAAAGAGAGCUGAGACCACGUGUUGCUCUGUGCAAGAAGAAUAUUGCACUUUCAGAAGAUAAAAGUGGUGAUUUAGUGGAUCAACUUGCAGCUUUAAAUGAUUUGGUCAAUACAGAGCAAGCACAAAUUAUCAUGACUCCUCCUCGUUCUGUCAAAGGAAGUGCUACAGAUAGUUGUGAGUUGCUAGUUGACAAAAAGAAAUCUACUCUGCCAGUGAAUCUAAGUAGUACCAGUGAUGCCUUUGAUGAUGACAGCUUCUUUAGUGAAUCAAUACUUUUAAGUACACAAGCUAUGGAAGAAGAAGCAAUUGGGUCUAAGCCAACACCCCCUAAAAAGUGCAAAAAUGAAUUGUUGAUUACUCCCUCCUCCCCCACUCCCAACAGUUCCCACAUUUUCUCCUUUACCCAACCAAGCCCUGAACGAAGUGUUUUCCGCAAGAGUUUUGAUUUAGAAAACGAAGAAACAUCGGACAAAAUUUCAAAUAAAAACGUCACGAAAUUAGUGCCACCAUCUGUACUUGACCACCAGGUUCCAGGCCAAAAAGAUGGAAAAACAGUAUCUCUGUGUUCUCAGCCACCUAUUCUGAAUAACAUAACGGCAUGUCCAAAUCUGUCAUCGCUGACAACAGGAGGAAAAUCCGAUUCGUGUCAUAUAAAUAGAAAGAGUGUUCCUAAAAUCCUAGAAAAGCAAAAUCAACCAGCAAAUCGAGUUAACACAUCAGUUGCGCCCGUAUCAAACAAAAGGCAUCAAAUCAACAAUUCAACAAGUGGCAAUAAAAACGCAUUUCACAACCCAUCUAGAUCCGAAAAACCUACUUCGCCUAGACAACUUACCAGAUCUGGCUAUGGUAUGGGGAUUAAACGGAUAGUGGAUGAUCAGGUGUGGAACAAGAAACCAGUUCACCAAACGUCAUGUCUCCCGCCUCCUCCGAAGUUUAUGCCACAAGAUCCUUUUGGCGAUGAUGAUGACGAUCUUCUCUGCGCCAUGACUGCCAUCGCGCAAGAAGUAGAAAGUCAAUAUGUACCAGCAUCCUGUGCAACAGAGCUGGACGAUGACGAUGUUGACUUCCAGCCCGAAGUACUGGCCUUCAUCAGCCAAAUCGAAACCCAAGCAAUUAAAAGAGAAAAGCCAACGGCGGAGCUUUUGGAAGAAAAGAGGCAAGCGGCUAUACGAAAACGACAACAGCGGUUAAUGAGCCGUCAUUAAGACUUAUGUCUCCUAUAGUCUUCGAAUGCUUUACGCAAUGCAUGGAUAUUUUACCCUGUCAAUCACUUUAAGCAUGAUUCUGUAAGUUAUGAAUGAGGUUAAUUUUUUUGCUAGAAUUACAUGAAACUGGAAACUCGAAA